UUUUGAUUUCAUUUAAUUCAAUACAAAAAUUGUAAUAUGGAGCUUUACGAAAAUAGAAGUUCAACCGUUGAGUUUGACCCUAUGUGUGAUAAGGAAAACCCUCAAAGGAUAUCGUUUGAGGACGUAUCGGCUGCCGCAUUCAGAAUUCAAAGUGGAAUUACUAAAACGCCAUGCGUGAAAUCUCACAUGUCCUCGAUAUACGGUAUGGACAUUUAUCUCAAGAAUGACUUCCUACAAUAUACUGGAAGUUUCAAAGAGAGAGGAGCACGAAACGCAUUGCUUCUCCUAUCACCGGAGGCCAAGGAACGCGGUGUAAUAUCAGCUUCACUGGGAAACCAUUCCCAGGGUCUCAGCUACCACGCAAAGCAACUAAACAUUCCUGUAACUGUGGUCAUGCCGAACGUAGCUCCAAUCAUGAAGAUAGAGAACUGUCGGUCAUAUGGAGCGAAUGUCAUCAUACAUGGCCAUGAUAUGAAAGAGGCGAAGUACUACGCCAUGAUGUUGGCUAAAGAGAAAGGACUAGUAUAUAUUAACGGUUACGAUCAUCCUCACAUUAUGGCUGGUCAAGGGACUGUAGCCUUGGAAAUAUUGGAGCAAGUUCCAGACAUUGAUGCAGUGCUGGUACCAGUAGGAGGCGGUGGACUUCUAGCAGGUGUGGUCACAGCAGUAAAACAUCUUAAGCCACAUGUUCUUAUUUAUGGUGUAGAAACUGAAAAAUGCCCGAGCAUGGAGGUUGCUUUAGAGAAAGGGGAACCAGUGAGCGUUGAAAUACGUUCAACAUUAGCAGACGGUCUUGCAGUGUCUACAGUUGGGUAUAAUGCGUUUGCAACCGUCAAGUCACUUAUUGACAGAAUGAUAACUGUAAACGAGGAUUGGAUCGCUCGGGCUAUCCUACGCCUUGCGGAACAAGAAAAGUACGUGGUAGAGGGCGGUGGAGCCGUCGGGGUUUCCGCUAUAAUGGCGGGUCAUGUGCCAGAGUUGGCUGGCAAAAAAGUAGUAUGUAUCUUAUCUGGUGGUAAUAUUGAUACGACGAUCUUCGGCCGUUGCCUGGAACGUGGUCUUGCAGCAGAACAACGUCUCGUCAAGUUCAAAGUGACCGUGAGCGAUCGUCCCGGAGGAAUCGCGGAACUCUGCAAGCUCAUUGCGUCUAUCGGCGUCUCCAUCAAGGACAUAAUACAAGAACGCGCUUGGGUGUAUGGAGACAUAUUUAGUGUUCGGGUGAAAGUAGUAUGCGAAACUCGAGGUCCAGAACACAUGAACCAACUACGUUCAAUGAUCACUAAUACUUAUAAAGAAUGGUACUUCUCUCGGGAGCCGGAAGAUUGCUCAAGCAAUCGGAGGCCGAGCACAGACUCGCUGGAUGAUGUUUCAAAAUAAUUUUACGACUAAAAAAAUAUAGUUUAUUGAUAUUUAUCACGUCAUAAAUAUUAAUUAUUGUUACCUUUAUUACGGAUCACCAUUUGGAAUUUAAAGUAUUACUAUAAAGUUACAUUUGUGAUGAUUAUUCAUCCUCAUGAAUUGGACGAUAUUGCAAGGGGUACCUUUCGCAUGAUAUCAGUCUUUUUAUAAUAAACUAGCUACACGUCGCAAC